UUCCACGGCAGGCGUUUAGGAGGCGUUUAGUAUGGCUAAGCAUCAUCCUGACUUGAUCUUCUGCAGAAAACAAGCCGGUGUUGCCAUCGGGAGGUUAUGUGAGAAAUGUGAUGGAAAAUGUGUCAUCUGUGACUCCUAUGUAAGGCCUUGCACCCUGGUUCGCAUCUGUGACGAAUGCAACUAUGGUUCUUACCAAGGACGCUGUGUGAUCUGUGGAGGGCCGGGAGUCUCCGAUGCCUACUACUGCAAGGAGUGCACUAUCCAGGAGAAGGAUCGAGAUGGCUGCCCCAAGAUUGUAAACCUGGGAAGUUCUAAGACUGACCUUUUCUAUGAGAGGAAGAAGUAUGGUUUCAAGAAGAGGUGAAGGUUGAUGGGACUGGCCUGGGUCAUCGGAAUCCCCAACUAUGAUGCGUUGCUGUUCUGUUGUACAAAAGUGAACCAUUUUCCUGUUUUAC